AUGAAGAAAGGACUCAAAGCUGUCCCGGCCCAGGCCACACCACCGUCACUGUCGUCGUUCACAGCCACACCACCGUCACCGUCGUCGUCUUCAGCCACACCACCGUCACCGUCGUCGUCUUCAGCCACACCACCGUCACCGUCGUCGUCCAACACCACCGUCACCGUCGUCGUCUUCACCCACCGUCACCGUCGUCGUCUUCAGCCACCACCGUCACUGUCGUCGUCGUCACCGUCGUCGUCUUCAGCCACACCACCGUCACCGUCGUCGUCUUCAGCCACACCGUCACCGUCGUCGUCUUCAGCCACACCACCGUCACUGUCGUCGUCUUCAGCCAUCACAGCCACCACCGUCACCGUCGUCGUCUUCAGCCACACCAUCGUCACCGUCGUCGUCUUCAGCCACACCACCGUCGUCGUCUUCAGCCACACCACCGUCACCGUCGUCGUCUUCAGCCACACCACCGUCACCGUCGUCGUCCACAGCCACACCACCGUCCACAUCUGUUAG